GCCGACACAGAGUGAAAAAUAUCCCACCCAAGGCGCGGAGUGUAAAAGCGUCCAAAAUAGCGACACACUCCGCAUCUAUCCUUUCCCCCACAUAGCCUCGAUAACUGUAACUUGACACCCGGUAGGUAUCUCCAUGUUCAAGAGCAGGUCGAGCGCGGCUAAAUCAACAAAUUCCUACUAUAUCGAGGUGGCGAAGGUGGUGGACAAUGGCCCAAAGCUCAAGCCUCCUUCGGUUGCCGCAAGAAAUACUGGAUGGUAUCACCUCCAACCUGGAGCCAAGAGACCUAUCCUGCUUCUCCAGCUCCUGCCAGCAGGUUAGAGCUGCUACACUCCCAACAGUCUACCGCGAUAUCCGUAUGAUCUGGAGAGGAAGCAGACAACCCUCAGAGAAUCGACCACGGUCCGACUGCAAACAUGAGUCCUGCCCUCGAUUAGAUCUUCUGCUUCGCACUUUGUUGGAGAACCAGGCACUGGCUGAACUGGUCCGUACGUUAGACCUGCAGUCUUCUGGAUACUGGUCCUAUGAGUUGGAUGGUCGUCUUCCAUACCUGCCUUCGUAUAUACCGUCGAAUAGUGAACUGUUUAAGAAUGCAUUUCGUCGGACGGGAUCACCCAUUCCGAAGUUUCUGGAUGAUGAUAUCGAACGGUGCGAUUUGCAUGUGGUCGUUGGCUUGACCAUCUUGGCCACCCCGAAACUCUCGUCUCUUACUCUCGGUCUGGACAUGAUACAUCGAAACGAUUGUCUUCCUUACGUGCUGAUGUCCGCACUCACUCUUCCUCUCGACAGUGCAUUGUCCGACCUAUCAUCACGUGAACGCCUGACCCUCGGUGUCGAUUACGACUGGGACCGGUUUCCCGAAGACAGAAGUGCACUUGAAGACCUGGAAUGGGACCUAGAUCUACCAUUAUACCUGCCUUUCUUCUAUCUUCCCAAUCUGAAAGAAGUGGAAAUGAACCUUCCUGGUGGUCAGGACUACUAUCGUGGCUACUUUGGGGACUCCGCGAUCACGCGUGGAAGUCCACGGUCGCUUUGGCCUCUUUCCUGGCCACCACGAGCUGAUAGUAUUCGAACACUUCGGUUACUCAAGGCUCAUGCUAGCCAUGACCUCGUAGAACAGGUUUUGAUGGUUACGCCCAACCUUGUCAGUCUGGAGUAUGACUGUGUCUGCUUCAGUUGGAUCGCCUUGCAUGCUAGCCGUCUGGCGUCUGCCUUGAAAUUGGUCAAAAGGACACUAGUAGCGCUCAAGGUCACGCUUAAAUCCUGGAGUGCAGAGUCAACACUUAUACAGGAGAACUAUGGUUUCCACACUCUCGACGUAGUGGGCCAUUGCUCACUGAAAGAUAUGCCAGCUUUGACUACAGUUGAUGUCGUACCGGAGGUUCUCCUAGGUAUGCAACCUCGUGGAUCUCCACGUCUAGCCGACGUUCUACCCUACGGUAUCGUGUCUCUUCGAAUCAGAGGAGACUGCGUCGAGCCCUCUGACACCCCUGAUGGGAGGCCCACGAGUUUCUACCACUGGCAUCCAUCGGAGGUGAUGUGUAAGCUUCGAGAGUUUGUCGACAAUGAGCGAUGGCGAGAGGCGACGCCGCGUUUACAACGCAUCGGGAUUCUCUGGCGUCUUAACAAGGAGAACGAAUGGGAUGAAGAUGACACGAUCUGGACAAUGACGGAAGAACCUGUGGAGUUGUGUACUCGCAAUGGUUUGGCGUGCCAAGUUGCCGAGUCUGAUGAGGAAUUUGACGAGUCGUGAAAAUGAGAUCAAUACACAUGAGAGGGCAGUAAGAGAACCACGGUGAUGAUUUUAUACUGUGAGAUACUCUUCAUCGUCGAGGCGACAACAAGGAUGCGAAAGCCCUUGAUAUUUGCCGCCUGUACAGCUGGCUAUUUUCACCCUGUAUGCAGAUCGGAGGAACUCCCUUGGUUCUGCCACUGAGUGGUCAUGCGUUUCAUGGAUAUAACUGCACCGCCUUUUUCGGAAUUCAGUUCAUC